ACUUAUAGCUUGCUGAUAGCUCCUGUAUAUCAGCAUCAAUACACAUGUUGGUGUUUUGGGAAUACAAUUUAUUUUGUACUAAUAUCAAAGGGAUGCUGUAAAUGCAAAGAACUUUCGCUCGCCGGUUUUCUUGCUAAUUGAUCGUGCGCAAGUGCGUUGUACGGUACUGGCUUCAGGUUCCUAUCUUGACCGUAAAAGUUGAAAUGUGGCUCUUUGUAAAAAGUUUCAGUUUGCAUAAAUAGUGGUAUAGCAGACAGACAGAAAGGAAAUAGAGAAGUCAGAAGCUAUCGGUGCAGUUAGGCCUGUCGGGUCACUCUCAUAGGCUCCUUUUAGAAGACGCAGUUCUGGCUGUGUAGUUCUUGCAGUGUGUGUCGGGACUUAAGCUAGCUGUGUAUGAAGAUGAGGCUGAGCGCUGUGUUAGUGUGUGUGUGCCUGCUUUGGGUUCAGGGGUCCUGGGGUGACACACCGGCCAACUGCACAUAUGAGGACCUGCUGGGGACAUGGGUGUUCCAAGUGUCCAAAGGAGGACACGACAAAACCGUCAACUGCUCUGCUGAAGCUACAGGUGAAAGCACUGUGACUGUGACCCUGGAGAAACUGUCUGUAGCCACAGACCAGCUGGGUAACACUGGCUUCUUCACCAUUGUCUACAACCAGGGUUUUGAAGUGGUCAUUAAUGGGUACAAAUGGUUCGGCUUCUUCAAGUACAGUGUGGACGGCCUUAAGGUGACCAGCUACUGCGACCAGACCCUACCAGGGUGGGUCCAUGAUGUCUUGGGGAACAACUGGGCCUGUUUUGUGGGGAAGAGAGUGGAUCCAGUGCCACCCCGAACAGAUUACAAACCAAUCUUCAGCAGCAGUCUCCUCCAGAGGCCGUACAAACACAACAUGGACUUCAUUGACACCAUCAACUCGGUCCAGAAUUUCUGGAAGGCUGUACGCCACCCAGAGCUUGAGAUGUACACAAUGCAGGAGCUACACUACCGAGCUGGGGGGCCUGCCUCCCGUAUCCCCAGACGUGUUCGCCCUGUGGCUGUGAAAGCUGAAGUCGCCAAGAUGGCGGCAGCUCUACCCGAGCAAUGGGACUGGAGAAACAUUGAUGGUGUUAAUUUUGUCAGCCCUGUGAGAAACCAAGCAUCAUGUGGUAGCUGCUAUUCCUUUGCCACCAUGGGAAUGCUGGAAGCUCGUAUUAGAAUCCUCACCAACAACAGCGAGAGUCCCAUCCUCAGCCCGCAACAAGUGGUCUCCUGUUCUGAAUAUUCUCAAGGUUGUGAUGGAGGGUUCCCUUACCUGAUCGGAAAGUACGCGCAGGAUUUCGGCAUUGUGGAUGAGUCAUGCUUCCCAUAUGUUGCCAAGAACUCUCCGUGUGGCGUCCCUCAAAAUUGCAGACGUAUUUACACAGCUGAAUACCACUAUGUUGGUGGAUUUUAUGGUGGCUGCAGUGAGAUGGCCAUGAUGUUGGAACUGGUUAAGAAUGGACCCAUGGCUGUGGCCUUUGAGGUCCACCCUGAUUUUAUGCACUACAAGGGGGGCAUCUACCACCACACAGGCCUCAUAGACUCCGUAAAUCCCUUUGAGCUGACCAACCAUGCUGUCCUCUUGGUCGGGUAUGGCCGCUGCCACAUGACCGGACAGAAGUACUGGAUUGUCAAGAACAGCUGGGGCACCGGCUGGGGCGAGGACGGCUACUUCCGAAUCCGUCGUGGCAGUGAUGAGUGUGCUAUUGAGAGCAUUGCAGUCGCAGCCAACCCAAUCCCGAAACUGUAGAGGCUGUGAACUCAGGAUGGAAAGAAGGGCUGUCUUAAUGAAGAGUCUCAUUAGCUAUUUUCAAGAAAACUUUUGUAAAUUUUCACAUGGGUAGUGUCUGUCUUUUUCCAGCAAGCACAAUAUUAAGAUGAAUUAUCCAAGACGGAGCUGGCUUAUGGGAUUAACAUGUUGUGUGGCAUCCAGCUGAGAAUUACAUUGUGAAGAGUUUUAUCAUUCAACUUGUAUAGGUGCAGUGAAACAGAUAUCGUCCUACAUUAGUUAAAAGCACAAAUAGGGACACAAAAGUCUGUAAGCCUACCCAUGUUGUUUUAAUAUUGAUUAUGUUUCUUGUUUCAUUCAAUCUGUAACUGCACAAAUCAAAGCAGAUUGUUGCAUGCCGUGUCAAUUCAUGGUUAGGACCUCCUAACUGUAACAUUUAAAGGGAACUGACAACCGAGGAGUCGAUGUUUUUGUUCGUGUUGUCAGGUGGCGCACCUUGAUUCUUUGUCUCAGGGAGAAUCAUAAUAUCAUCUGUCCUUGCACGCAUCAUCUUAAAACUGUUCCCCUGUGGAGCAUUUUAAAGGGAUUUUUUAAAAUAAUCAAUUAAGGCAUCUAGUGAUUGUUCCUUAUGCCUUUUUAUUGUGCGUCCCAUGCAGUGAAAGAAAGUGUUUUCAGUGUAUUGUGAAAUUUGAUUGAUUAAAAGCUUUUCAAAAUGUU